AUGAGGCGAUCGGCACCAAAGUACUUUUCUGGGUCAUCACAGGAAUACCAAAGCAUUGGCCUCACUCGCUUCGAAGACCAACCUAACAUUGCCCCAUCGCCUGGAAGCACCACGAUCGGCAGAGAGGGCUCAUAUCUUUCACCCCGGUCUGAUUUUGAUUCGCCUCAUGUGGAUCCCCUGAGCCCUAACCUGCAUGACCCUUUUACGCCGGGAGGCAGAGACCAUAGCCAGGUCGACUUGCUGGCCGCUGACCGAGCACACAAUCUAUCGACUGGACUCGGUGUCUACCACCAGCUUAAUCCACCAGCACAACCUCCGAAAGGCCCAUGGUGGGAAAGGCUCGUGAAGAAUAAGUGGUCCAUGGUAGCAUGUCUCGUUCUCGGGGCUGCAGCUGCCGUGGGCCAUCAUAUUCUAUACUCCCACCUCCACAAUCGCAUAGCUACAAACCAGCAAUGGUGGCUCCGACUGGGUCAAUUUCUGGCCUUUAUUGCAAAGGCCAGUUUCGUUAUUGCUGUUUUGACAGCUCACCAACAAGUCGCCUGGAGUGCUGUGAGCCAAAAUAGCUAUACCGUCCAUGCUAUCGACUCUCUUUUCGGCGCGGCCCACAAUGCUUUCGAACUCUUUAAUAGGGAGGCAUGGAAGAAGUCGGCCUUCGCUAUGGUUCUCGCUAUAUACAUCUGGAUGUCCCCUGCUGUAGUCAUUUUUACUUCGGCAACACUCAGUGUAGUGACAGAUACGAGAGCCGAACAUGGAAAUUGCCCAUCUGUCCGAACCCUCAACUUUAGCAAUGACGCCAAGAAAAGCUGGGACGACGAUAAAAGAGCAGCGAACGAGACAAUGCGUGGAAUUUCCCUAUCAAUGUUCAAUCAAGUCAUAGCAGACAGGGACUCUCCUUAUCAUUUCGACUACUGGCUCCAGUCCGCGCCGCCACUUGAUUCCAUCGCGUCAAGGGUCUUAGCCGGAGGACAGCCGAUCCAGAGAGAUGAAGUGGCUGAUGAGAUCUGUGGAGAAGACUGGGACUGCUCUACCACUAUUCACUUUCUUGGACCCGGAUACAAAUGCGAGCAACUCGCCAAAGGCACCAACUCAACAAUGAAAAGUUUCAAAAAUUACAAGACACCCUUUAAUCUUACCAAGAUGUUGCCCGUCGGAAAUGCCAGCUUCUAUACCAUUGCGGAUUUGGGAGAAUACAAGGUGAAUCAGAUCGAAGUUGACGAGAAUAACAAACCAGCAGUGAAGCCUCCAUUUCCCAAAAACUUGGGUGCUUUGAGAACAGAACCAGUACUCUGGAUGGGCUACGUUGAGGUGGAUAAAAUAGACGAAACGCAUGCAAAAAAUCGAAGCAUGAAGGGCUGGAACACAGACUACACACCAGUCAUCACGGCCUGUGAGCAUUGGGAAAUCAACUAUACCGUCAAUAUGAAUUAUACCGGUGGCCGCCAAUCAUACAAAGUCACCAAUCGAGAUUACAAGCAAAAAGUUAUCAACACAACAUAUAUCGAUGAGUCGUCUGUCGACGAUGGAACACUCGACCCGAUAUUUGCCGAACCCGUGGAGAAUUAUGUCUUCCCAAAGGAUUGGAGGUACUACCGCAAAAUAACAUCGUACCACUCUCUGGGAAAGAAAAUCCGCGAUCUUCUUCAAGGAUCGAUUCAGCUACCAGGUCCGAUUGCACACUCACCCAUCACAACUUCAAAGCUGGUUGCCCGUCCUGAGUCUUUACCCGUUCCCAAUUUUGAGGACGCCGUACAGAAACUUUACGAGGAUAUGCUCAUAUCCCUUCUCUCAGAUCCGUUGCUUCUUGCUGUUGCAUGGGCUUCGCAUCCAAGUGAGCUCUCGGGCCGGGGUCCAGGUGGGCCUGAUACAGAAUACCCAUGUGUUCGUAUGCGCACAGGCAGUUACUUCUCCUACAACUGGGGUGUUCUCGUGGUAGUUUACGCAGCAUCGUUUCUCGUCGGGAUCGUGGGUGUGGUAUACGGCUUGGUAGUCAUGUCUCAAGAUGGAGUGAAGGAGCUUCGCCAGAUGACGUUCUCGUCAAUCGCCAAAACAACACAGAAGAUGGAUCUAGACCAGAGCGAGAAUAGGAAGAGCAGAAUACGGGCGGUGGAGGAGCGUCCUGGUAGUGGUAUAUUUGAGUUCAGGGUGGAGGACUAUGAUCAGUGGGGUGGUAGAAAGGUACCACGAGUCAGAGAGAUCUGA